GCUGGUGAGAAGCAGCUUCUGGCCUUGUGUAGGGCACUGGUCAAGAACAGCCGGAUCAUUGUUCUGGACGAGGCAACGAGUAACGUUGAUGUCGAGAUGGAUGCGCGACUUCAGAAGACCAUCCAGACAGAAUUCUCGUCGUCGACCCUGCUGUGUAUUGCUCAUCGACUGAACACUAUCGUGUACUACGAUCGCGUUCUCGUGAUGGACGCUGGGAAAGUUGCUGAGUUCGACACGCCCUUGAAUCUAUUCGACAGGGAAGACUCCAUUUUCCGCUCGCUGUGCAACGAGGCCGGAUUGUCCCGACAGGACAUCGUGCGUAUCAGAGCGAGCGUGCCUGGUGCCAUCGAGACAUAGCAACACCAAUAUAGUAUUAGAGAUAGACUGUGCCAAACACCAUGCUCAAUGACUUGAUACGAAUCUGUACGGACUGUCUUCGGAUACACGAUACUGUACGGGGCUAGGAUAACGCUAAUGAAGUACAAAGUAACGCUGAGUGGGUGUUGCAUACAAACCUUACUGAGUUAAGUUGAUACAAUAUCCAAUGUCCAU